GUGACAAUUUGUACUGAACCGCUUUUCGCCCGACCUAUUUGGAUCGACCUUGGGAAGGAGUUCAGUAACACUAGUUUUAGAGCUAUCUACUCGUAUGUGUUCCUGCGACUGAUUUCGGCCUCGAUCCAACCCGACUGUUGCAUCCACUACCGCAAUGGCUGCACAAGUGGGAGGGCUCCGAAUUGGUUCCAGCAUCGACAUUGAACGAAGCGACGGGCGCAUUCACUCGGCCACGGUGGUCAGCAUAGACAAGAAUAAGCAAUGUAUAUUGGUGCAGUGGGAAGAGCAUGGGGAAACAAUGCGCAAGGAGCUUCAGUUCAGCAUAGUUUUUGAGCUGAACCCGGAACUCCGGAACGUGAACCCGAGUUUCGUUAAAAAGCUGCCGAGGCGUGCGCAAGUGCCAGUGAUGUCGGCUAAUUUCGGAGCCAAUCAUGACCGGUGUAGCCUGGCUGGACCAUCAAUGCCUCGUCAGAGCCUUCACGACAGCGCCCUGCGGCCACCACCCAAACCAGUUACCCCGGUGAAGCUCAGAAGCGCCUCUUCCUCCAGCGCCAAGGACGUGUUAAUGAACUCGGUCGCAACGCGACCGUCUCAGGAGCAGCAGCCUCCGAGGGCGCUGGUUGCCCCUAGGGGCAGCGUGCCCAACCUGAGUGCAGCCAACCAUCGGCGCACCACCGCUGUCACGAAGCUGGAGAGUACCAAGAAGCAGCGGGAGGAGCACAGAGCACGGCAGCUGAGUCCAGUCGAGGAGAAGCGGGAGCGAAGGAACGUUGACACGGGCAAUCCCAACAGGCAGUUCCUUUCCAUGAUCCGGGAGUACAGGUCGACACUAGACAUCAAGCCUCUCUGCAUGAGCGACCAAUCAGAAGUGCACCGAAUAUGUGUCGCUGUACGCAAGCGGCCACUAAAUCGAAAAGAGCUACAACGCAAGGAAGUGGACGUUAUCACUGUGCCGAACGGAGAUCGCGUCGUUGUGCAUGAGCCAAAGCUAAAGGUGGACCUCACAAAGUUCCUCGAAAACUCAGCGUUUCGUUUCGACUAUGCCUUCGAUGAGACAGCCAGCAAUGAGCUUGUGUACAAGUACACCGCACGGCCACUUGUCAAGACGAUAUUCAAGGGCGGCAUGGCGACGUGCUUUGCCUACGGGCAGACGGGCAGUGGCAAGACGCACACUAUGGGUGGAGAUUUCUCCGAGAAGGUGCAAGAUUGUUCGAAAGGAAUCUAUGCGCUUGCAACAAAAGAUGUGUUUAUGAUGCUGAAGUCUCCUCAAUAUAGGAAUGAAGGUCUAGCGGUCUCUUCAAGCUUCUUCGAAAUCUACAGUGGGAAAGUCUUUGACUUGCUCAACGCGAAGAAAAAGCUCCGCGUGCUAGAAGACGGCAAACAGCAGGUGCAGGUUGUGGGACUCGUUGAGAGGGAAGUCGACUCCCUUGAUGAGGUCAUGGAGCUUAUUCAAGAGGGCAGCAGUGUCAGAACAUCCGGGCAAACGUCAGCGAAUCAGAACUCCUCGCGCUCCCACGCAGUAUUCCAAAUCAAUCUCAGGCGAAGCAGUUCCGGCCGUCUCCACGGGAAGUUCUCGCUCAUUGACCUGGCAGGGAAUGAACGGGGUGCAGACACGUCGAACGCCAACCGGCAGACAAGGACAGAAACUGCCGAGAUCAACAAGAGCCUGCUUGCUCUGAAGGAAUGCAUCCGCGCUUUGGGCCGUCGUGGGGCCCACCUUCCGUUUCGGGCCAGCAAGCUUACACAGGUCCUCAAAGAUUCGUUCAUCGGCGAGAACUCUCGGACCUGCAUGAUUGCAAUGAUCUCUCCAAGCCUGAGUUCUUGCGAGCACUCCCUCAACACACUGCGUUAUGCAGACAGAGUGAAGGAGCUCGGUGUAGUAGACAGACCGGAGCUGGAGCCUGCCUCAGACCAGGACGCAGAAAUGGCUGCAGGAAGUGAAGAGGAAGGCAACCUGAUUCUGUCGACAGCCUAUGAUGACGUGCAGGUGGGUGACAGCAUGCGCAAAUUCCACGAAGCCCACUCGCACCUACAAGCGAUGGAGGAAGAAAUCCUGGAUCUGCACAAAACAGUUGUUGAGGCAAGCGAAGCAUGGAUGAAUCAGGACAUGGACCUUCUCACCAUGACUGCUGAAGUUGACUAUGACCUUGACCUGUACGCGCAGAAGCUCAAGGAUUUGCUAGCUGCGAAGAUGGAGGUCUUCUCAAAGUUCAAUGGAAAACUGACUGCAUUCCAGCAACAGCUGGCCGAGGAGGAAAAAAUUAGCAUGAACAUCAAUCGGCCUCUGAAGGGAUCAACACGUGCACAACGGUCGACCAACGUUAUUUGCUCCCUUCCCGCCUCGCCAAGCAACAUUUGUGAAGACCAGUGUGACUCUCAAACUUGUAUAUACUUUGAUUGAGAGGGAAUGCAUGGUUUGGUGUACGUUUUUUUAUUGCGGACGAUGCCAUAGACCUCCACUAUAUUGUGUAUAAUAUAUUUGUACGCAUGUUUUGACAGUUCAGUGCCCAGUUUCGUACGCAAUCUUCUGUACAUAGUAAACUUUUCGCUAUUAAAACAACUGGGUGCGGGCCGGGGUGGCGCUUAGGUGGAACGUGCAGAUUAUUUUAAUUCAGACUUAGCUACCAGAACCUCAUGUACACAUCGCUGCCCGUUUUCUCACUCUUUUGCUUGAAUAUAAAAUUCACAUGCAACGCGUAUGUGAUAAGACAAAUGAAUAAAUUUUCUAUGAGCAAA